GUAUGAAUACGCGGUUGUCUAAAUAGAGACCGCACUCCAAUGCCGACAUUUCUGAACGCAAUAUUUAACAAACACCAGACCAAAUAUAUAUUUGAUCUGAACACAAAGUGCUUUGAAGAGAUCGUCUAAAACAAGGGCCAACUGAUGACAGGAAGUUGCAUCAAUUCGUAUAUAGUAUAUUCAGUUACGAUUUCAAUAAAGCUCAUAUGCGAGCGCUCCAUUUUUGAGCGAGUUCUCAUGGUAAACUGAAUAACAUUUCAGUAACAGAACAAUAUUUACCAUGAAGAAAGCUGUUCGUAGGAUUUCUGUUAGGUUUGAAGUCAAUUGUGAUCCUUUGUUUAUUUUGCAUCUGUUUACCAUUCAAUCAAAAGGUUAGGCAAAAACAUCAAUAUCUCCAACAGGCAUUGGAAAAUGCAAUCGAUUGUUAAGUUACCCGAAUGCUCCAUCUGUACUGAUGUUAUUGAGGACCCUAGACACCUUCCAUGCGGACACUCUUACUGCGGACCUCCGAAGACAUGUUUAGAUAUGUUGCAAUCCGAAGAUAUGCUGAUAUGUGCCCUCUGUAAAGAAGAGCAUAAAAUAAACAUAUCGGAUCUGAAACCUAUGUAUGGUCUGAGAGAGUUUCUGAAAGAGCAAAAAGAAACUACGCAGGGACUACCGACAAUAGUGAGUACUACAUCACAGGAUAGAUUCUCUUGCUUCGUCCAUCCUAAUACCCCGGUUACCCUGUGGUGUAAAGUAUGCCAAGAAACAAUGUGUGCAAACUGUGUGGAGUUUGAUAAGCAUUCAGAACAUCAGUUUGUACCGUUUGCAAAAAACUUGCAUUCAAUAAUCAUUCAGCAAGCCGGGAAGUUUGCAGACGAGCGUUUGAGCUGUAUCAUAUUAUGCAAUGAGAAAAUAAGGGAGUUGGAACCCAAGUUACAAAAGAAUCAAAAGCUGCUAGAACAACUCAAAACUUUAAAAAACUCUUUUGAAUCAUACUGGGCUGAAAUUGAAGCGUUCAUAAAUCAAAACGAAACAAUUCCAAAAAACCUUAUUCUUUCAUGGUUUUUCCGGGGAAACUUGAAAACAGAUAUUGAAAAGAUAUGUCAUAGUUUUUCAACUGAUGCGUGCUGUUCUACUGAGUUAGUCUUACAAAAAUCUGCUCUGACGCAAACUGUUGAUUCAUUGGAUGAACAUGCCACCGCCAAUGGAGAAACUCAAACGAACUUUCCCUACAGCGAUGUUGGAACGCAGACGCACGUUUUCAAAGUUGAACAAGAAACUCAGAUCAACUUUUCCAAAGUCGAUGUACAAACUCAGACAUAUGUUUCCGCUAGCGAAUCGAUAAUCGCGAAGAAACAUUCAGAAUCAAGCUGUGUAGAGACUUUCAGGAGUUGUUCAGCUUCUGGGGAGAAUAUGAUUGAUUCGGAGAGCGGUUCCUUAAUGUUCAAUAGCCAUUACUUAAACAUAUUCAAAAUAGAUAUGAAUCCUGUUGUGAUUGAAUUUCCAUUCGACCCUCAUCAGACAAUGCCCAUGAAAUUUUGUCACGAGAGACAGCAACAGACAGCUGUAGGAGAAGAGAGGAUUAAAUUCAAAAGCUCUUUCUCAGAAAUGGCGUGA